AUGAGUCUCCCAAGAAUACGAGGAGAUGGUAGGAUCAUGGCAACAUACGGCCAAUGCUCACAGCUCAACAACAAAAAACUUCACAGCUCCUCUCCCACAGAAGACUCUCCUCGAGAUGCCCUCCACCCUCGCAAGAAGCGAGCAGGCGCAGAGGCUGAGGGCCUGUGCGGAGCAUCGAACAACGAGGAAGCAGACAGAGAGAACAGGAACGAGAAUCCGAUCAGCAGUCAGCGACUGAACAUCAAGAUCGACUUCGAGCAUCCGAAGUUUGAAGAGAUGGAGAUGCAGGAGGGAGAGGAGGAGCGGACCGACAAGACUAUGACGGACCGGGAGCAGGAGGACAGUGAUAGCAGUGUCGACUGCUUCUCUCAGUAUCGGUUCUCAUCCUUGAUAUGCGCAUCGUCGCCUCCUACGCUUCUGAAUCUGAGGAGAGACGGAGGGUGCAAAAGGGAGGAGAAGGAGGAGGGGGGCAAGGAGAACAACGACGAGGCGCUGUCUACCUCGACCAACGGCAGCAGCUCUGCACUGGAGGACGAGGAGCUAUCCCAGUCCUGGCUGAGAGCGUGGGAGAUCCCAGCUGGAGUUCGGCAGGCCUACGUGGAGCUGGGGAUGCGCGAGCUGUAUGAGUGGCAGGUUCACUGUCUUGUCUCCACCUCGGCGCUGUCUCGUCGCACCAACUUGGUGUACUCUGCUCCCACCAGCGGCGGGAAGACGCUGGUAGCGGAGAUCCUGACCAUCCGCUGCCUGCUGCUGACGAAGAGAAGAGUCUUGUUCGUGGUCCCCUACGUCAGCCUGGUGCUCGAGAAGGUGGAGUACUUCCGCGAGCUUCUGCAAGGGGAGGAGGUCCGGGUGGAGGGCUACUGCCGCGGGGCCCAGCUCCUUACCAGGUCCCACGCCGACCUGGUCGAGCUGUCAAUCUGCACCAUCGAGAAGGCGUCUUCGAUCGUGAACCAGCUGCUUGUGGAGAAGAAGGGGGAGGAGCUGGGGGCGGUGGUGGUGGACGAGGCUCAGAUGCUGGGGGACGUUGGGAGGGGAUGUCUGGUGGAGAUCCUGCUGACGAAGGUGCUCUUCUCCCUGUCCUCUACCGUCCAGAUCAUUUGCCUGUCUGCCACGGUCGCCAACAUGGAGGAGCUUGCGAUGUGGCUGGAGGCGGAGCUGUACGUCAGCGACUUCCGUCCUGUGCCGCUCCUAGAGCACGUGGUUGUGGAGCUGAAGGUGGAGGACAAGGGCGGGAAGGUUGUGCGGGAGCUUCAGGGAGGCAGACACGUUGAUCGGGAUGGGAUCGUGAUGCUGUGCGAGGAAGCGCUCGCGCAGUCACAGACGGCUCUUGUGUUCUGUUCCACGAGGAGGUCAGCUGAGAUGUGCGCCAAGUUCGUGGCGGACAACCUGCAGGGAGACAGGCAGGAAGGGGAGGAGGGAGGGGAGGAGGAGAAGAGGAAGAGGGCGAAGAGGGAGAGCAUGCUAGAGGCUCUGAGGAACUCGGCAGGAGGAGUGGACCAGGUGCUGCAGCAGACGAUUCGUGCUGGGGUUGCGUUUCAUCAUGCUGGGAUGACGGUGGAGGAGCGGAUGGUGGUGGAGAGCGCGUUCCGAGGAGGAGACGUGAGUAUUCUCAUGUGUACUUCUACUCUAGCAGCUGGAGUGAACCUGCCGGCCGAUCGCGUCAUCUUCCGCUCUCCCUUCAUCGGCUGCGACUUCCUUGACGUCAACCGCUACCGGCAGAUGGCAGGGCGGGCAGGGCGAGCGGGAAGAGGAGGAGGAGCCGGAGGAGCAGGGGAGAGCUUCGUGGUGUGCGAGAGGAAAGACGCAGGUCGUGUGCGGGCGCUGCUGGCCGGGAAGCUGCCUCCUGUUUGCAGCAGGCUGGUGGAUCGGGAGAUGUGGGGGAGGCGGAGGCCGCUUGCUCUGUCCGGCCUCCGUCGGGCCAUCCUGGAGGCGCUGGACAACGAGCUGGUGAGGGAGGAGGAGGAGGUGAUGCGGUUCCUCAGAAAGUCGUUCCUCUACUCCCAGCUGGUUCAUGAGAGGAGGAGGGAUCGAGCCGCGGGAGAGCGGGCGGGGGAGCAGGAGGAGAGUGCGAGGGAUAGGAGGGUGAUGAUUGAGAGUUUGGUGGAGAGGAAAGGAAAAGACGACAAGGAGCGCGAGGAAAAACAAGCCAACAACAACGAGGACGAGGAGGAGGAGGAGGAGCAGCAGCAGCAGCAGCAGGAGCAGGAGCAGGAGCAGCAGCAGGAAGACGAGGAGGACGUCUGUUUGCGUCAGAUGAUGCAGGAGGCUCUUCGCUGGCUCUUCGCCUCCAACAUGUCCCGGCGGCAGGGGACGAGGGCAGGGGAGGUCAUCUUCUUCUGCACGCAUCUGGGGAAGGCAGCGGUGAGGAGCGGGAUGUCACCAGAGGACGCGGCGAUGGUGCAGGAGGACCUGAAGGAGGCGAUGAGCUCGUUGGCGAUGGAGGACGACCUUCAUCUCCUCUUCCUCGUCUCUCCUCUCUCCGACCUCUCCGUCCCCUGGCCCCACCUCUUCGACAUCUUCCAGUCCCUCCCCCCUCCCUGUCGCCGCAUCGCUGAGCGUGUCGGCGUGCAAGAACGCUUCCUCAUGCGCGCGAGGCUUCAUGGAGUUUCCUCCUCGUCCUCGUCCUCGUCCUCGUCCUCCUGCUGGCAGAGAGCUCUACAAAUUCACUCACGUUUCUUCUGUGCCCUCAUCCUCCGCGACCUUCUCCUCGAGCGAAAGAUCCCCGACGUUGCCCUUAAGUUUCACGUUCCCCGGGGGCGGGUGCAGCAGCUGCAGGAGGAGGCAGCAGCCUUCGCCGGGACCGUCUCCUCCUUCUGCGCGCGCCUGCGCUGGUGGCAGCUGCAGGUGCUGACGGCAGAGCUGCAGGAGAGGAUGCGAGCGAGCGUGAGCUCAGACGUGCUCCUCCUCCUCCGCUGCCCCUCCAUGAAGAGCUGGUGGGCCCGCGGGCUGGUGGAGGAAGGAAUCGGCUCGCUCAAGGCGCUUGGAGCUGCUGCGGUCGGGCGAGUGGCGAGAGUGGUGAGCUCUUCGAUGCCCUUCCGGUCAGAGACGCGAGAGGAGGAGGGAGAGGAGGAGAGGAGGAUCGCAAGUCGACUGGUGGAGGAGGCAAGGAGGAUGUGCCAUCGUGAGCAGGAGGAUGAUGGUGAGGAGGAGAUGGAGGUGAAGGAGCAGGGCUGCACGUGGUUCCAAGACCUGACGGAUGAAGCAGCCGCAGAGAAACUUUGCAGAAGACUUGCAGAGCAUCGAGAGAUUGGAAUGGAGGAGGAAGAGGAGGGAGAGGAGGGGAGAGAGGCAGGGAGCUUCAGGACUACCCUUGUGGUCUGCUGUGAUUAUCUGCGAGUGAAGCAGCAAUCUUGGCGGUCAGGAGGUCUUGCUGGAUUGGCUUUCAGCUUCAUGGAGGAGGAGGAGGAUGAGAAGAGGGGAGGAGAGGAGGAGACUGGAGGAAAGGGAAAGGAGAGGCAGGAAGCGGAGGGGCUGCAAGGGCAAGUGUUCUACCUCCCACUUCAACCGGAGCAGGAGGGGGCAGGCGAGGCCAAGAAGUGGAUGGGGAGGAUGAUGCAAAGCAGGAGGAUCAAGAAAGUCAUGAGGGACGCGAAGAAGAACAUCCGGUCUCUCCGUGCUCAUCGCCUCCCCGUCCUUGGACCUGUCGAAGACCCGUCGCUCGCUUCCUUCCUGCUGCGAGAGGCAGGCUGCCCCUCCCUCCCUCAACUCAAGACCGUUACCUCCUCCUCCUCCUCCGCCACCUCCUCUUCAUUUAUGAGAGCGUGUUAUGAGGCUGCGACGUUGGGCAAGGUACGGGUAGAAGAAGAGGAUGGGGAACGUUUGGGAAGGAAGAGGAGGGAGAUGAAGAAGCUGCGAAGGUUGCUGAGAUUGCAGGGGAUGUUUGAAUAUUUCAACGAGAUGGAGAUGAAAACGUGUAUGGUUCUGACGGCAAUGGAAGAGGAGGGGAUGCGAGUAGACUUGGAGGAGAUCAAGGGGCAGGAGAAGGAGCUGAGGGAGGAGCUGACCAGUCUGGAGGAGGAGAUGAAGUCAGUGGCGCAGGGCAGAGAGGUCGACCUCCGCUCCUCAACCUCCAUCGCCAACUUUCUCUUCCGCUCCCUUCACGUGCAGGAUGCUUGCGGGACUGGGAGGAUCGCAACCAGAAGUCCCAACCUGCAGUGCCUGCCCAAGAGGAGGAGGGAGAGGAGCGCACGAGACGCGAUCGUUGCGAGGGAAGGAUGUGUGCUGAUGAGCGCUGAUUUCAGUCAGUUAGAGUUGAGGAUCAUCGCUCACUUGUCGAAGGAUAUGAGGCUUGCAGCGGCACUCGAGGGUCAUGGGCAGCAAGCAGGAGCUGUCGACGUCUUCUGCGCCAUGGCGGCGAUGUGGCUCAAGGUACCAGCAGACAAGGUCAGUGAGGAGGAGCGUCAGAGGGCCAAGAAGGUCUGUUACGGCAUCCUCUACGGCAUGGGAUUGAACUCCCUUGCUCAAGACCUCAGGGUCAGCACCGCCGAAGCCAAUCAGAUGCUCCAAGCCUUCAAGGCAACCUAUCAUAAGACCAGCGAAUGGAUCAUGGGAACUGCAAGCGACAUCCUCCGAGCAGCGCUCAUAGCUCUAUCUGCAAACCUCAAGGAGGAGGAGGCAAAGAUUGUCAUGCAGGUUCACGAUGAAGUGAUCGUCGAAGUGAGAUCGGAAGCGGCACAUACAGUAGCCCAGCAGCUCUCAGACUGCAUGCGAGGCGCCUGCGACAUCUCCCCUCCUCUACGAGUCAAGUUGUCUCUCUGCCUGCUCCUCCACCACCCGACUGCCGCAGCAUCAUCGCAAUUUAGGGUGGGUUACAAACGGGGUUGGCGGGGAAUCAUCACCAGUACUGAGUUGGGGAUGGGGCUCAAGUUGGAAGACCAUCCUGUUGUUAUCAACCGCUUGUCGUUCUCCUACAACAAGCAGGAGGACAUCCUGAAAGACAUCAGCUUCCGCAUCCCCCCGGCAUCGCGUCUGGUGCUGGUGGGAAGGAAUGGAGCAGGCAAAUCUACCCUCCUCUCUCUCAUCGCAGGGAGGAGGAUGGCAGCGCAGCAGUCGAUCUUCGUGUACGGCAAGGAUCCGUUCAGAACGACGAGCGUGCAGGAGGAGGUGUGUAUUGUCACCUCCGACUGGCUGGCAUCGGAGGUGAUGAAGGUGUCGAUGAGGGUGGGUGACGUACUGGAGAACAUCGCGGCGAGCAGCAGGGAGGAGGAGCAGGAGGAGGUGAGGGAGAGGAUGGGGAGGCUCAAGGCUCUGCUGGGGGUCGAGGAGGACUGGAGGUUCUCCAGCAUCUCCGAGGGGCAGAAGCGUCGGGUGCAGCUGACGAUGAAGCUGAUGCGCCCCAGCCGCCUCAUCCUCCUCGACGAGGCCACCACAGACCUUGACCUCAUCGUCCGCAGGAACCUGUUGGGUUUCCUGCUGCUGGAAAGCCUGGACAAGAGGGCGUGCGUUGUCUACUGCACUCACAUCUUCGACGGGCUCGAGGGCUGGGCCUCCCACCUCGCCCACCUCGCCGACGGCUCUCUCCUUCGCAUGCUUCCCUGCCGAGAUGUCCCCGAGCUGCAGCCCAACUCGGACGCUCCUGGGUUCUUUGCGCUCGUCUCGAGAUGGCUGGGAGAGGAGGCAGGAGUUGCGAGCGAGGAGGAGGCGGUGGCAGACGUUCCGAUGGCACGAGAGGAUGCCCCGGUCAGCAUGCAGGCGAGCGAGUUGGAAUGGGGCUACCACCGAUCCCGCCCUCCCAUCCUCAGCCGCGUUUCCUUCACGUGCAAGCAAGGGGAGCGUGUCUUGCUCGCAGGAGCCAACGGGGCAGGGAAGUCAACGCUGCUGAGCAUCCUGGCGGGUCAACGGCUCGUCUCUCCUCCUGACUGCGUCCUCCUCCUUGGCUGCCGAGCGUUCGAGGACUACAGGAAGCUGAGCUCGAAGCUCGUGCUGCUUUCGCAGGAGUGGCGAUCAACACUGAGGACAUGCGGAGCAGGAGGGUCUGUGAGCUUCGAGGAGCUCUGCCGCAGUCUCCUGCAAGACUGCGGGUCGAGGACGGAGGAGGUCGCAUCUCGCCUUCAACGCCUCGCUAAGAUCCUCCAAGUCGAGAGCUCGUGGAAGCCAAAUGAGAUCUCAGACGGGCAACUGCGGAGGAUGCAGCUGGCGCUGAAGCUCGCGUAUCCCUGCGAGGUCAUGCUCUUGGACGAGGCCACAGUGGACUUGGACGUGCUCGGGCGAGCGGCGCUUCUAGCCUUUCUCAAGUCAGAGAGCGUCGAGAGAGGCGUCACUGUCAUCUACUGUACGCACAUCCUCGAUGGCAUGUCCGGUUGGGCAACGCGCGUGCUCUACAUGUCGCAGGGAUGUCUGGAGAGCUUCCAAGGGAAGCUGCUGGAGGAGGAGGGGGGCGAGAGGAUCGGGUCGAAGCUCUAUAGGUUCGUUCAGCGGCUCCUCAUCAAGAGCAGACAACAGCCCGUCGCUGCGAGCACGUUGGAGGAGAGGAGCGGGGGAGGUCUAGGUGUGGACACCUGCGUACUACCUGUGGGUUGGAGCCAACGUCAGACCCAGAUGCUCGGGGCGUUCGGUUCGCAUUCCUGGAUGGAGGAGGAGAAGGCUGAGGACGUGUCGCCGAGCGAGCUGCUGAACCUGGGAGAUGAGCUUGCUAGACUGCGGGAGGAGGAGGAGGAGGACGGAGAUCUGACUUCCGUGACACAUCUUGUGGAGGAGAUGGAAGAGCGCAAUCGGAGAGAUGAGCCUCCUCCUCUUGCAGCAGCAGCAGCUCCUCCUCUUCCUGCAUGUCAGGCCGAGAACAAGGAUGAUGCUGAUGUUGCUCGUCUCACCAUGGCGCUGAAGAUCGCCUUUGCAGGGCUCAAGGGCAAGAUCGAAGGUGCUCAGAGCUCGUUGGAGCAGGGGAACAUGCAUCAGUUGUACGCGGCUCGCACUGAAAUCGCGCGCAUAUGGCAGACCAUAGAUUCGACCAUGAGCGUUUACCAGGACAAGUUCGGAUCUGAAGAGGAGCAUGUCGAAGUCGAGAAGCCGAUCAGGCUCGCUGACGUUGUCGAGGAUGAUCUACCGAUUCCCAAGUCAUCCGGCGACAUCCCGUGGGGCUUCGACAGUCGCCGGCACAACACGGCGAUGCUCGAGGAGUUCGACACUCAGAACAAGGCCCACUAGAGGACCUUUAAGAAGAGGAGGAGCAUGUUUCAGAAUAAGACUUCAAUCAAUAAACUAGUACUUCAUCCAUC